AUGGAUGGUCUUGGUCGUCAUGAUGAACUCGGAGAGCUUCUCGCCCUGUUUGGUCCAUUGCAGGCCAUGGAUCCCGAUGUGAAGUUUCUCAGUCGUGCUUCUAAGGCUCACUGUUUUGAGCCGGUCCGUUCAGCUUCCGAUUUCGCAAUUGGAACGCUUCAUAUAAGGGAUGACUGCUUGGACAUGUCUACCGAAAGUGUGCAUAAAAGCUUUGAGCAUUUCUAUCCAACUAUCAGUAUUUUUGGUCCGGAAAGUAUUGUAUUGAAGUCUCUUGUUGUUGAAAACUCGUGUGAACCGCUGCGGCCUCAAUUUCCUCGACCAGCAGCGACAGCACACUACGUGUAUCCUAUUGUAGGGAGAUUAGUGCUGGUAGAUAUGGACGAUAGGAUUCUCCUUACUGGAGAACUGCGUCAAACGCGCAAGUCAACUGCUACACGUGCAACUGUUCAGGAAGCGGUCAUCGAAGAUCUGAUGAUGCAAGCAAAGAAGAUUAAGUACGACGUCAUCGGAUUGACCGAGACGAGACGACGUCACCCUCUCAACGCCGUAUAUGAAACUGGAGAAGAACUGUUCUGA